AUGAUCACUCUAUCAUAUGGGAUUAAAGCUAUUGAAGAUUUGAAAAAGUUAGCAAUUCAAAAGGAUGGAGUUAUCAAUUUCGAUAUGGAUUUGAUACGUAAAUAUGUAUACGCAACCAACAGACCAUACAGUAUGAUCAUCUAUUUGACAUCAUCAAACCCCAAGUUUGGAUGUGAUGUCUGUAUCAAGAUCAAGAAUGAAAUUCAAUACUUUGGUUCCUACUCUUUCAUGGAAUACUUAAAGUCUCCAGAUUUCGAUCUCAACCCUGUCUUUUUGGUCAUUGCCGAGUCUGAUCAAACCAUGGAACUCUUCCAAAAGCUUGGUAUCCAAACCAUCCCACAUGUAAUCUUCCAUCCAAAGGGUUCCGCUGAAAUAUCCUCAAAGACCGUCUAUGGAAGAGUCGAACAAUUUUCACAAAGAGGUUUUAGAGAUUUUAUUAGAGAUAAUUCAGGUGCCAAUUUUGAAAUCAUUUUAGGAUUCUUUGAAAGAUAUGGACAUCUUUUUGGAAUCAUUGCUUGUUUCCUCUUUGCACUUCGUAUUCUCCUAACAUUGUACCGUAAGCGUCAAAACCCACGUCUCUGGAUGUUCCUCAGUUUGGGUUUGGUUGCCACCGUUCUCUCUGGUGUCUUUUAUAUCUAUAUUCAUCAUCCACCCAUGUACGAUUACAAUCCACAAACCAAACAAUUAUCUUAUUUCUCGAGAAAUACAAGAUCUCAAACUGUUGUUGAAGGUGCCAUGAUGGGUGUAUUAACAAUGAUUUUGGCAGGAUUGUUUAUUUUGAUUGCUGAUAUUCUUCCAAACAAGUUAUCAGAUAAAUUAUCAAAAUUCCAAUUACAAUCACUUUUUAUGAUUGGUUUUAUUAGUCUUAUGGCCUGUCUCUAUUUAUUAUCAAUGGCAUUCCAAAUGAAAUACUAUAGACCAUUUUUCUUUAUUCCAGAAGAAUUUAAACAUCCAUCAUUAGUCGUGAACAAGCGGAGUGCUGCUUCUACUCUUACCUUUCAAUCACAAGAUGCAUUGCUAGAUGAAGACGACAUUGAGGAAGAUCCCGACUUGAAGUUUGUUAAUGGUCUUGUCAAGCAACAACAACAACAACAGAGUCAUCGAUCACCAACAUCCACUUCAACUCCUUCUUCAACCUCUACCUUUGCAAGAAAGGUUCAUUCACCUCCAUCCGCCUCUACAUCUACACCCCCUUCAUCUUCAUUUAUAAGUAAGAAUGGUGGUGUUGGUGGUGGUCAAUCUAUCUUUGGUGGCAAUAAAUCAUCAUCAUCAUCACAAUCAUCUUCAUCUUCGCAACAACAACAACAGAAAUCACCUAUUUCCUCACAAACAAAUUAUAAUAGUAGUGGUUUUGGAGGAGACGAAGAAGGAAUGUUUAUAUGUAUACUUGAUGGUGCUUGUAGUGAUUGGUCUGAUGAUCACCAAAAAGAAUACAUUCAUCGAUCAAGAGCACGAGGUGCUAGUAAAACCAACAAUAGUAGUAGUACUACUAGUAGUAGUAGUGGUAGCAGUAAAACUACUAAUAGUAUCAAGAUGGACCUACCAAGAUCACAGUCAUCGAGAACACAAUAUGAUACGUCUCCUCCUCCUCCUCCAUCUCUACAACAAAACAAAUACUCGAGUAUUCAACAAAGUCCUCCAAGAAAACCAAUCGAAGAAGAAGAUGACUCUGAUAUUUUGUCAGUAACUCAAAUCAAAGAUAUUGUAAAUAGAAAGAAACCAAAGCCACAACAACAAGAUGAAGAAGAAAAAGUAAAACAAGUACUACAUCAAGAUGACAAUAAAAAUACAACAACAACAACAUCAACAACAUCAACAACAUCAACAACAACAACACCAACAUCAAUAUUAACAACUUCAUCAAUACCUACAACGACAACCACACCUCCCCUACCACCUCAUACAUCAACUAUAAUAGUUGAUACUGAUGGUAUUGGUAAUAUAAGAACUAGUAAUACCAACAGCAGCAGCUGUAGUAGUAGUGGUAAUGGAAGAUCUGGAUCGGAUAGUAGUGUCGCUAAAACACCAACCUUUGUCAUUGACACUGAUGUAUUAACAAGAUUACCAGAAUUUAAAAAGAAGAAAAAAGGAUCAUCAACCAUUGCCGCAGCACCCAACUCACCAAAGUCAUCAACAAUAACAACUCCAAAAUCAUCAACGACAACAUCAAUAACAACCAAAAAAUUAACACAAGGAACAUUCAAGAAUAAUUCCUUUGAGGACGAUAUUGAAGAUGACGAUCCAUUUUCAAAUCCACUUCCUUUUAAACCUCCUCAACUAUCACCAACUUUGCGUCAACCUAUUGUUCAAAACAAUAGUAAUAGUAGUAGUAGUAGUAGUAAUCCAAAUUCUCCUACAGGCAUUUCAACUGGAAAAAGAAAAGAAUUUGAAGAUCAACAACAACAACAACAACAACAAAACAAUAAUACUAACAAUAAUAAUAAUAAUAAUAAUAAUCAUAAUUUAACAAAAAAUAAUAAUCUAUUAAAUGAUAACAAAAAACUAAAAAAUAUAACUAUAAAUAAUAAUACCAAUAAUACCAAUAAUAAUAAUAAUGAUACAAAAUCUGAAAUUUGGAUUGAUAAAUAUUCACCAAAGACAGAAGAAGAAUUGGCUGUACAUAAAAAGAAAAUUUCAGAGGUUAAAAUUUGGUUACAAGAUCGAUAUAAUGAAAUGUCAAACAAUACAAAAUUGACUGAAAAGAUGUUAAUAUUAACGGGACAAAGUGGAAUUGGUAAAUCGACAAUGAUAAAAGUAUUGGUAAAUUGUGGUAUGGCAUUUUCAAUUGAUGAAUGGAUCAAUCAAUCGGUAGAGUUUACUACUGAUCAAGAAAAUAAGGGUACAUGUCCUUAUACCCCUCCACUUGAAAUAUUCAAGACCUGGUUGGAAUCUGCAGGAAGACAUGAUCUAUUUGGAGGUAAUCGUGGUGGAAAAAAGAAAAUGAUGUUGAUUGAGGAAUUUCCCAACCUAGCAACCAGAGAUCAAGAAAGAGAGUUUAAAUCAAUGUUUAGAAAAUAUAUUGAAGUUGGAAAAUAUCCAUUGGUUUUAAUUGUCUCUGACUUAAAUUCUGGCAAUUCACCACUACAUCGUUUAUUUGAUCCAAAUUUUUUAUCCAGUUCUUCAAUUAAAAAAAUAUGUAUAAAUGUUGUUCCACCUGCAACAAUGGCAAAAUUUUUAAUCAAUAUAGCAAAGACUGAGGGAUUUACGGUGGAACAAGAACUAGUUGAUUUACUUGUACAAGAAAGUGCUGGUGACAUUAGAGCAGCUAUAAACAAUUUAGAGUUUCAUUGUAUUGGACAAACCAGAGUCCUUCCAUCGACAAACAAAAAAGAACCAAAACCAAAAGGCAGACAAAAAAAACCUGGUCAUGUCAAUAUUUCACAACAACAACGCAAUCCAAACCUUUCAUUAUUUCACUCACUUGGUAAAAUUUUAUAUAACAAAAGAAUACCAAAACAAACUGAUCCAAAUGAAUUAUGGUAUAAACAAGAAUAUUAUAGAGAUCCAAUGGAAAAUGUACCAGAGGAUGUAUUUGAUCAAUCACAAAUCGAUGGAUCCUACUAUACAAUGUUUCUACAUGAAAACUUUUUAUCAUUUUACACGGAUAUUCAUGAGGUGAGUGAAUCAUUGUCAUAUCUCAGCGUGGCUGAUGAAAUCACGAGAAUAUCGGUUCACGAGCCAAUCGAAAACACCUACCGAGAGAACCCAUACGCCACAUCGGUGGUCCUUAGAGGGCUCAUGUAUCCUCAUUGCACGCCACCACCAUCUCGAAACUUUCAUCAAUUUGUUAAACCUCAUUUCCAAGGUGCCCACACACAAUCGAUUCAGUUGGAUUGUGCAUGUAAAGAAUUUGUAUAUACACAGCUCUUGCAAAUGCAAAGUAAUAAUCAAUUAUCGCUAUCAACUGCCAAACAUUUGGUAAACCCUCUCCAUCCAGACGACCCACACUACAGUCUACCUCCAUCACUCCUCGGCAACAUUCAACUGUUACACGAGACUCUUCCAUUUGUUUCGCUCAUGAGAAACUAUACAAACAUCUUUGCAAAUGAUCCAUCGCCACUAUUAGUGUCAUUUGUAAGAAAUGGAAGAAGUCUUCUUGAAAAUAUUUCGUUUGGUCCAUUACAUUAUAACAAUUUUGGUUUUGCAAAAGAAAAUCAAAUUCGUGAAAAGGAUGGUGGAGUAUUUAUUCAACCAAUUCAAGAUGAAAAUGAUCAAAUCAAUCAAAUUAAUAAUAAUCAAAAUAAUGAUAAUAAUCAAAAUAAUAAUAAUAAUAAUAGUCAAGGAUUAAGAUUAGUAAUUGGAGGCCAAGAAUUAGAGGAUGAUAUCAUUGAAUAA